UUGCCUUUCCUAAUUCGAUCCGGACUGUGUGAGAUUGGGGACUAGCGGUGGCUGCAACGGACAGUAAUUUGCGUUGACUAAUUUGAUGGCGAGGAAUGAUUAGAGUGCUUAAGCUGGUGUUAUUAGAAAGAUUCCUUUUUUUUUAAAGAAUCAAAUGGCAUUCAUGUUGUUAAUUCUCAAAUUACUGAGAAAUGAGGGACUUUUAGUUCAGUCUUGCUUGAUGCUCCUAUGGUCAGGUAGGGUCACAGUCUGGCUGUGUGGGUGGCGCUUAUGAACUGGCUGAAAUGUAUCUCCGUGAGUAUAUGUGGUGCCAUGCAAAGGCUCUUAUUACAGUGUUACUGGGAGGUUGAGGAAGUUCAAGGUUCACUGCUUGUAGGCUUGCCGUGGAUGGCAGACUGGUUUAGCCAACUUCGUGGUCAUGGUCAUUGUUAAGGAUGUUGCAAUGGUGGGGAACUGCUCAGUUCCUUACUUAGACUAUUGGAGAAUGUUUCAUGGACCAUUAAGGGUACUUACAAACAAGGACAUGUAUCAGAAUGUACUCGACGAACCUAGUCCAUUGGGUCUUCGUCUGAGAAAAAGUCCAUCUCUGUUAGAUUUGAUUCAGAUGAGGCUUUCUCAAGCAAACUCGAAUGCAGGACAGUCCUCUACGGACAACUGCAGUGGUGAGCCUCCCAAGAAAAAGGAUGUUAAAUCUGGUACAUCAUCAGCUGGUGAACGGUUAAAAGCUUCAAACUUUCCUGCAAAUAUAUUGAGAAUCGGUACAUGGGAGUAUAUAUCACGAUAUGAAGGUGAUUUGGUGGCAAAAUGUUACUUUGCGAAGCAUAAACUUGUGUGGGAAGUUCUGGAAGGUGGUCUUAAGAGUAAGAUAGAAAUUCAGUGGUCAGAUAUUACUGCUUUGAAGGUAACUUGCCCUGAAAACGGGCAAGGAUCCUUGGAAGUGGUGCUGGCCCGACCGCCUCUUUUUUUCAAAGAGACAGAUCCUCAACCAAGAAAACAUACUUUGUGGCAGGCUACUUCAGAUUUCACUGGUGGCCAAGCAAGUAUGAACAGGCGGCAUUUUUUGCAGUGCCCUUCAACCUUGUUAGGAAAGAAUUUUGAAAAGCUUGUCCAGUGUGAUCAGCGGCUAAAUCAAUUGAGUCAACAAGCGGAGAUCAUCUUGGAUUCUCCAGUUUUUGAACCUAGAAGCUCUAUAUUUGAAGAUCCCGUGGAAUCGAAGUGUGACUUCGCAAAUUUGAAAGAUGAACCUGAAGAUUUACCUGGGUUUUCAGGUUCUGUGUCACCAUGUGCUGGUUCAUCCAUGUCUGCUAAGAAUGACGCAAAUGAUCAUUUUGGAAAGCAACCAGAAUUUCUCGCUCAGACAAUAAACCCAGGAGCUAGUACUUCAAAUGCACAAGCUGUCUGCAGAAAUGUUAAUGGUGUAUCUCAAGAAUUCAAUAUUCCCAACUGGUGGAGUCAAUUGAAAGUGCCUGGGCUUAGACCGUCCAUGUCAGUGGAUGAUUUGGUCAGCCACCUAGGAAAUUGCAUAAACGAGCAGAUCACUUCAGGCAAUCCUUCAUUGACCAAUGAUGAGGUGCCUACCAAAGAAUCACUGGAGGAGAUUGCACAGUACCUUCUUGGUGAUACACAGGGUCCACAGGCACCAGCCUCUGACGAGCGACUGAUGGCAAGGGUGGACUCUCUUUGCUGUUUGCUCCAGAAAGAUUCAGCACCAACAACCAAGCCAAAGCCUGAGCCAAACGACAGCGAGAGCAUUGGCGGGGAGGACUCAGGAGGUUCAGAUGAUGAAUUUAGUUCGGCAUCGACAAGGAAAACGGCAGAUACCAGCCAGCCGCCUGGCAUGUCUAGAAAGGACUCGUUUGGAGAGCUGCUGAUGAACCUGCCUCGCAUCGCCUCGAUACCACAGUUUCUAUUCAAGAUUCCAGAGGAUUCCGAGAACUGAAGCUGCAGGGCUUGCUCCCUUCAUCUCCCAGAUGAAAGAAUUCGUUGUAAAAAAAUUUGUACCUGAGCAAUAAGUAAGCCCCUUCCCUCGUUUCUGAUUCAGCAAGCUGUGCUAGUGUCUCGGUCACCAAUGCCCCGCACUGUAAAUGUGAUCCGGUAGGUUCCUCAGCUGUCUGUAUGUCUCAGGAUUCGGAUGGGUAGUCGGAAUGUUCAUUGGUUCUUUUAACUUGAGACAUGCGAUUUCGUUCUGUAAAAUCAAGUGUCAAAUUGUCUAUAAUAAUCAUGGUUUUAAAUAG